GUGACAGUUGCAGUGAGUUCAGUGUUGACUCCUCUGCCUGCAGACAUGGAACUGCUCCCACUACUCAACCACCCCGGCUGGUUCUGUUGCUGCCUCGGUCUGGCCCUUAUCCUGCGUCUGCAGAGGAGGAAAUCCUGGGACCCUCGCAACUGCCACGUCUCCCUGGCCGGGAAAACUGCCAUAGUGACCGGAGCCAACACAGGCAUUGGGAAAUGCGUUGCUAUGGAUCUUGCCAGGAGGAAAGCCCGGGUGAUCUUGGCAUGUCGGAGCCGUGGGCGUGGCCAGAAGGCAUUGGAGGAGAUCCGGAGUCAGACGGGGAACAAAGAGGUGCUACUGGAGUUGCUGGACACAAGCAGUAUGGCAUCUGUACGGGCCUUUGCUGAGCGCAUCCUUCAGCAGGAGAAACACUUGGAUAUCCUUAUCAACAACGCUGGGGCCUCAGGAUUGCCCUAUUCCAUGACAGCUGAGGGUCUGGAGAACACAUUUGCUACCAAUCACCUGGGUCCCUUCCUGCUCAGCAACCUGCUCACAGGUCUCAUGAGCAAAUCUGCCCCGAGUCGCAUUGUCUUUGUUUCCUCUUUUAACCACAAGAAGGGGGAGAUCCACCUGGGGCACCUGAGGGGGCAGAAUAUCCAGGGGGUGCGCCCAGACUACCCCUAUAACUGCUCAAAGCUCAUGAACAUCAUGUGUGCCAAUGAGAUGGCCCGGAGACUGCACGGAAGUGGGGUGACAGUGACCAGUGUGGACCCCGGGAUUGUGGUGACGGAAGCCAUAAGGAACUACGGCAUCUUCAUCCGACUCAUCUUCAACCUCAUUGGCUUCUUCUUCUUCCGGACCCCACAGCAGGGGGCAGUGAGCAGUUUAUUCUGUGCAGUGUCGGAGGAGGCCGAGGGUCUGACAGGGAAAUACAUCGACUGUGACUGUCAGUUGGUUUUGCCCAGCGCGGGGGCACAGGACCGGCCAGUGAGCAGGAAACUGUGGGAGGCGAGUGAGGAAGCCGUGGGACUGGCCACUUACUCCCCCAAAUAAGAGGGUCCCACAUGUGGAGAAGAGAUGAUGGAGCCGCCUGUACUUGCCCUUAUCCCUCGUCAUGUGACUUUCUGGUGGGGGCAGUUACACUGAUGUACCCCACCCCCCAGGAAGCUGAUGCUGCUAUUGGGGAGCAGGAUUGAACCCCCAAAUGACUGACAGUGCGGUUCUCCCUUUCCUCUCAUUCCAACCACUGGCUUGUUGCUAUGCGCUGUCACCCUAGCAACCACAUGUCCAUUAUUUCUUAUGCCUCAAAAAUUAAACUCAAGUUGCAAAAUG